AUGGGCGACAGGAGAAAACUACACGGAGAAAUUGAACGUUGUCUAAAAAAAGUAACGGAAGGUGUGGAUACAUUCGAUGAUAUUUGGCAAAAAGUUCAUUCAGCACCAAACCAUAAUCAAAAAGAUAGAUAUGAACAAGAAUUAAAAAAAGAAAUAAAAAAAUUACAACGUUUACGCGAUCAAAUUAAAGUAUGGAUGUCAUCAACAGAAAUCAAAGACAAAAAACAAUUACAAGAAGCAAGAAAAAAUAUCGAACAAAAAAUGGAAAAAUUUAAAAUUGUUGAACGUGAAACAAAAACUAAAGCUUAUAGUAAAGAAGGUUUAGGUGCAGGACAAAAACUUGAUCCGCAAGAAAAAGAAAAAGAAGAAUGUACUCAAUGGAUAACGAAAUUAGAACGUCUUGAAGACACAAAACGUUCAAUUGAAAGACAUAAAUUUCAUAUUGAAUCACUUGAAAAAAUUCUACGUGCUAUUGAUAAUGAUGCACUUGAAGAUCUUAAACCAAUACAUAAUUUGCGUGCCGAUAUUGAAUAUUAUAUGGAAUCAAAUCAAGAAUCAGAUUUUAAAGAAAAUGAAUUAAUGUAUGAAGAAAUUGAUAUGGAUAAUAUAACAACAAUCAUGGCACCAGUUAUAGCUGUACCAAUAACACAAUCUCAUGCUCCAUCAUUAUUAAAUGGUAAUAGUAAUAGUUUAAAUUCAAAUACAACAACAUUAAUUGAUAUAAGUACACCAACAUUAAAUAUACAUUCACAUACAUCAACAAAUAAUUUAACUGAACGAACGACAACAUUUUUUACAAAUUCAAAUCAUGGUGAUAAUGAAUCAACUAUGAGUUUAACAACACCAUCAUCAACACAACCAAGUUCACCAACUGCUAGUCCAGCUAUAUCAACAACAAUUGAUGAUCGAAAACGUAAUAAAUCUGAAUCUGAAGAUAAUCAAUCACAACGAAAUCGAACAAAUUCAGGUACCAAUAGUUCAACAACAAAUGUUACUCAUGGAUCUUCACCAAAAAAUCCUAUUUUACAUCAACAAACAUCAAUAACAAAAACACCAGGAUCAUCAUCAUCAUCAUCAUCUGUAUUAUCUACAAGUGCACCAACACAUUUUACUUAUCCAAUAACAACAACAGCAACAACAACUCAACCUAUUUUACAAUAUUCAACAAUUGUUUCACAAAAUACAACACCAUCAACACCAAUAACAAGUAAUAGUUCCGGGUCUAAACAACAAAAUAUAUUUUCACCACAAACAAAACAACUGUCAAGACAAACAUCAAUUAAUAAUAAUGAUUCAACAAUAAUUACAACUUCAAGUCAAUCAAUACCAUCAUUUUCAUCAUCAACGAUAACAACAAUAUCAAAUAGUUCUCAUCCACCUUCAAUAUUAACAAAUAAUGAUCGUACUGGUCUAUUAAAUCAACAUAUCCUUAGUAAUAUAUCACAAAUAAAUCCGUCAUCUUCAUCACCAUUAUCAUCAACAGUAACAUUAGCUAAUGGUACAAUAAUUCCGUCAUCAUUAUAUUCAGGUUCAGGACCAACAUUAUCAACUUCAAACAUUCCUCUUGAAUUAUUAUCAACAGCUAAUAUUGAUUCAACCAUUAAUUCUCAACAAUCUCCAUUACUUUCUCGUACAAUAUCCGAUAAUGAUCGUUCAACAAGUCUACCAUCAACAUCAUUAAUGACUAAUGGUUCGUCAGAUGGACAUUCAUUACUUGAUACAAAUACUUUUCCAAAUCUGUCAACAAUUAAUACAGGAAUAUCAACAACAACAACAACAACAACAACAACAACAGCACUACCAUCAGUUGCUACAACAGCAUCAUCAUCAUUUUUAACAAAUAAUAAUUCAAAUGAUUUAUCAUCAACAAAUAAUAAUAAUAAUAUUAUUGGUCAUUUACCAGAUCAUCAUACAUUUCGAUAUUUAUUAUCACCAUCAAAUCAACAAUCUAUUCAAACAAAUCGUGUUCCAUUGACACCAGCUGAAAUGCGAAUGCUUAAUAGAUUAAAUUCAGCUUAUGCAAAAUUACCAUCAUUAUUAGAAUCUGAACGACAAAGAACAAAUGCAAAUCGUAUUUAUGGACGAAAUCCAAUUGGACAUUCACAAAUGAUUUCAUAUUAUCCUCAAACACCACCUGCUGGUUCUGAUACACCAGAAUUUUAUUAUCGUUUAGCACCGGAUACAUUAUUCUUUGUUUUCUAUUAUAUGGAAGGAAGUCGGGCACAAUAUUUAGCUGCUAAAGCAUUAAAACGACAAUCAUGGCGUUUUCAUACGAAACAUAUGAUGUGGUUUCAACGACAUGAAGAACCAAAAACAAUAACGGAUGAUUAUGAACAGCGAGAAUGUAUUAGUAUUCAUAUUGGCCAAGCUGGUGUUCAAAUCGGUAAUUCUUGUUGGGAACUUUAUUGUCUAGAACAUGGUAUUGAACCUGAUGGAACAUUUAGCAAAGAACGAGAUAGUAGUCAUAUUAUUAAAUCGAUUUCAGAUUCCAAGGAAACGUCAUUUAGUACAUUUUUUAGUGAAACAGGUUUGAAAAAUUUUUGUGUUUUCUUGUUCUUCGUAAGAUCAUAUGAUAUGAUUUUAGGAACGGGACGAUAUGUACCACGAGCUGUUUUUAUUGAUCUUGAACCAUCAGUAAUUGAUGAAAUUCGUCGAGGACCAUAUGCUAAAUUAUUUCAUCCCGAACAACUUAUUUCGGGUAAAGAAGAUGCAGCAAAUAAUUAUGCUCGUGGUCAUUAUACAAUUGGCAAAGAAAUAGUUGAUACUGUACUUGAAAAAUUACGUAAAAUAGCUGAUCAAUGUACAGGUUUACAAGGAUUUUUAGUAUUUCAUAGUUUUGGUGGAGGUACAGGCUCGGGUUUUACAUCAUUAUUAAUGGAACGUCUUAGUUUGGAUUAUGGUAAAAAAUCUAAACUUGAAUUUGCUAUUUAUCCUGCUCCUCAGGUUUCAACUGCUGUUGUUGAACCAUAUAAUUCAAUAUUAACAACUCAUUGUACAUUGGAACAUACUGAUUGUGCUUUUAUGGUUGAUAAUGAGGCUAUUUAUGAUAUAUGUCGUCGUAAUUUAAAUAUUGAACGACCAACUUAUCAUAAUUUAAAUCGUUUAAUUGCACAAAUUGUUUCAUCAAUAACAGCAUCACUUCGUUUUGAUGGUGCAUUAAAUGUUGAUUUAACUGAAUUUCAAACAAAUCUUGUACCUUAUCCACGUAUACAUUUUCCACUUGUUACUUAUUCACCAAUUUGUAGUGCUGAAAAAGCUGCUCAUGAAGCAUUUAGUGUUCAAGAUAUCACAAAUGCUUGUUUCGAACCAGUCAAUCAAAUGGUUAAAUGUGAUCCACGAAAUGGAAAAUAUAUGGCUUGUUGUUUAUUAUAUCGUGGUGAUGUUGUACCAAAAGAUGUUAAUUCCGCUAUAUCAGCUAUAAAAACAAAACGAUCCAUACAAUUCGUUGAUUGGUGUCCAACAGGGUUCAAAGUCGGAAUUAAUUAUCAACCACCUGUUGCUGUGCCAGGUGGUGAUGUAGCAAAAGUUCCUCGAGCUGUUUGUAUGAUAUCAAAUACAACAGCUAUUGCUGAAGCAUGGGCACGUCUUGAUCAUAAAUUUGAUUUAAUGUAUGCUAAACGAGCAUUUGUUCAUUGGUAUGUUGGUGAAGGUAUGGAAGAAGGUGAAUUUACUGAAGCUCGAGAAGAUUUAGCUGCUCUUGAAAAAGAUUAUGAAGAAGUUGGUAUCGAUACUGUAACUGAUGAUGCUGGUGAUGCUGAAGAAUAUUAA